UGAAUAGAGUCAGUCAGCAAGAGGCGCUGGGGAGAGAGCUGGGACUGCGAACCCGGCGGAUGCGGCAGCGGCGGAGGGCGGCUGGGGAGACGCUACUCCAACUGUUGAAUUUUCACCUUUCAUUUCCUCCGAUGCUUUGCUUGCGGAGAUGGAUUUAUUUGCUUUGAAAUCCGCACGUCUUUCGCAGGCUAUGAGCUGAUCCUGACAGGCACCAGAUUAAAAGCGACCACCCGUGACAGAAAAGGAGGAAAAAAAAAAAAAAAAACCCUCCACAACGGACUGCACAAUUAACUAUGCACACCGGUGCUGGACUUUGUGAAUAGAGAACAUUGAGAGGAAAAUCAUGAACUAUGAUGCGGGGCUAAGCUGUGAGCAGUCACUGGAAUCCUGAUAUUUUUUUUCUUUUUCUUUUUUUUUUUUCAAGACUCUGAAAGAUUUGGGGGUUCCUCACGCCUCGUCAAAAGGAAAGGUUUUUUUUUUUUUUUUCUUAAACAAAUAAAUAAAAAAAUAAAUACACCUAGCAAAACAGACGCCUUGUUUUCCAGACCCUCGGACCCCGGCAGAAAGAGGUAGAGUAAAAGUGCUGCUGGAUUCAGCUACACCUUCCUCCUUCCCUCCCUCCCUUUUCUCUCGCUUUUUCUUUUCCUCCAAGACAUGAAUCUGGCUUUUCUUUCUAUAGAGUGAGUCAGAGAGAAAGCGUUAGGAAGAAGCCGCAACUAAUGUCUGUGAAGGGAGGACCAUGAGGCGAGAGUGAAUUCAAUUCGUUCCACUGCUUCUGACUCAUCGGGCAGAUCGGAACACCUGCAUUUCUGGAUGUGUCAUUCCCGUAUGUCGAGGCGCCUCGAGAACCCGAAAUAAUGUGUAGACAGACCUGUGCCUAACAUCCCCUCGGAGGUCGCUCUCGGGGGGGUGGGAGCCCCUGACUGGACCGCCGCGGCCGCAGCUCCUCACCCCUGCCCUCCUCGAGUCGCCCAGAGAAGACUGUGUGAGAGCGAGACUGCAGAAUGCAUCACGCCAAACCUUGAUGUGUUUCUUUCAUCCAGCCCACUCCUACUAUUAAAAAAAAAAAAAAAAAUUGACGGGGAAAAAAAAAAAACCCGCACUUUAUUCGCUUCAGAUAUUCACCACUUUUAUUCCUCGCCAAGGUUUUCCUUUCUAGAUGAAGAGGACUGGGAGGCAGGGCCAUUGGAAGGAGAUGCUGAAUAGAAAGAAAAGAGAGGCACUUGACAGCCCAGCCCUGUGAAUGCAGAGACUGUUUCCCUUCUAGCGAGAGACAGGGAGAGUGUGUGUGCGAGGACUGGGAGGGUGGCUCCCCCUUCCUUUUUAUUCCACCUCCCCCUCCCCCCUUCAAAUCUGCACAUCCAACCAUGAGUUGCCUGUUGAUUUCCUUUCGCCUGGGAAGAAAAGCAAACUGGAAUUAAACUGCAUCGAGAGAAGUCCUUGCUCUCGCGGAGAGAAUGGGAUGGUAGCGGCGGCUACUGGCUUAGCAUAGAGAAAUCACACAGAGUGUGUGUUCUACGAACAGAGGCGGAGAGAGCUACAUACGCCCCCCCCCCCCUCCCAAUAGACUCACGCCGCAAACGCUGAUCUGGCUGUGGCUUUCCUGACUUCGGGGGAGAGCCUUUUCCGAGGAAGAGAGGGAGGAGCCUGGUGGAGGGAGGAAACUACAAAUCGGGACACUAGUUCUUUGCGCUGCAUUUCCUCCCCUCCCUUUGACUGCUCGGAAAGGAGAGAGAGGAAAAAAAUACGCUUGGCUGGGAGAUGCAGUCCGCUGCCGCCUCUGCCUCAGCCAGCAAUGCAAGAUUAGAUCUCUAAAUGCAGCAAAACACUGCCUGAAAACCGAACAGCCCGCGAAGCCAGCAGACAUUUCACUGGGCUCCGGCGAAGAUUCAAAAUAUAUCAGAUUCUCUCUCCGUUGCUUCUCGCCCCCAUCAAUUUCAUCACAGGAGACGGGAAACAAGUAAGGAUUUCACUUUCCCAUCUGCCUCAAGACACACCUCCCCGCUCCCUCCCCCACCCGAUGUGAAGAGUAUUCCGGUGGCUACCGCGGGAGUGGAUUUGCAGCGCCCUAGCGGGAGCCAGGAAAAUCUACCGAUUCUUCACCACCCCUUCUAGACGCGAUUUCCAUCUUAUCGCUGGCCUCAUCGCUCAACUUUGAGUCGCCCCUAGUCCCGGCGGAAGAGACAAAGCCCCGGGCUCGCCCCCAGCCGCAGGGAGCCGCCGCCUUGCUCCGUGCCCCUGCAGCUUCGCUGCGCCGCCGCUUCUCGCCCAGUGCGGAUGCUGUAGAUCAACAGGUUCGGGGAACUUGAGCGGAAUAAGGAGACCGCCGGGUGCCGCAGCCCAGGAGCAGAGGGAAGGAAGGACCCACAGACUUGUGGCUCGUGUCGCGCGCGCACGCUGCGCCCGAGCCCCAGGCUGGCGCGCUCCCACUCGCUCGCCCCUCCAGUCCGGCUGCUCCUGCCCCCACCCCACCGGUCUGGGAUGUACCUUUCCAUCUGUUGCUGUUUCCUCCUAUGGGCCCCUGCCCUGACGCUCAAAAACCUCAACUACUCGGUGCCGGAGGAACAAGGGGCCGGCACGGUGAUCGGCAACAUCGGCAAGGAUGCUCGACUGCAGCCGGGGCUUCCGCCCGCAGAGCGCGGUGGCGGUGGCGGCGGCGGGCGAAGCAAGUCGGGUAGCUACCGGGUGCUGGAGAACUCAGCGCCGCACCUGCUGGACGUGGACGCGGACAGCGGGCUCCUCUACACCAAGCAGCGCAUCGACCGUGAGUCCCUGUGCCGCCACAACGCCAAGUGCCAGCUGUCCCUCGAGGUGUUCGCCAACGACAAGGAAAUCUGCAUGAUCAAGGUGGAGAUCCAGGACAUCAACGACAAUGCCCCCUCCUUCCCCUCGGACCAGAUUGAGAUGGACAUCUCGGAGAACGCAGCGCCUGGCACCCGCUUCCCUCUCACCAGUGCACAUGACCCGGACGCCGGCGAGAAUGGGCUCCGCACCUAUCUGCUGACGCGCGACGACCACGGGCUCUUCGCGCUGGACGUCAAGUCCCGCGGCGACGGCACCAAGUUCCCAGAGCUGGUAAUCCAGAAGGCGCUGGACCGCGAGCAGCAGAACCACCACACGCUUGUACUGACCGCCCUAGACGGCGGCGAUCCGCCGCGAUCCGCCACUGUGCAAAUCAACGUGAAGGUGAUAGACUCUAACGACAACAGCCCGGUCUUCGAGGCGCCCUCCUACCUGGUGGAGCUGCCAGAGAAUGCCCCACUGGGCACCGUGGUCAUUGAUCUGAACGCCACCGACGCCGACGAGGGUCCCAAUGGUGAAGUACUCUAUUCCUUCAGCAGCUAUGUGCCUGACCGCGUAAGGGAGCUCUUCUCCAUCGACCCCAAGACCGGCCUGAUUCGUGUCAAGGGCAACCUGGACUAUGAGGAGAAUGGGAUGCUGGAGAUCGACGUACAGGCCCGAGACUUGGGGCCCAACCCCAUCCCGGCCCACUGCAAGGUCACUGUCAAGCUCAUCGACCGCAACGACAACGCGCCGUCCAUCGGUUUCGUCUCCGUGCGCCAGGGGGCGCUGAGCGAGGCCGCCCCGCCCGGCACCGUCAUAGCCCUAGUGCGGGUCACUGACCGGGACUCGGGCAAGAACGGGCAGCUGCAGUGCAGGGUGCUGGGCGGAGGGGGGACCGGCGGCGGCGGCGGCCUGGGCGGGCCCGGAGGUUCUGUGCCCUUCAAGCUUGAGGAGAACUAUGACAACUUCUACACGGUGGUGACUGACCGCCCGCUGGACCGCGAGACCCAGGACGAGUACAAUGUGACAAUCGUGGCUCGGGACGGGGGCUCGCCUCCUCUCAACUCCACCAAGUCGUUCGCUGUCAAGAUUCUGGACGAGAACGACAACCCUCCUCGUUUCACCAAGGGACUCUAUGUGCUGCAGGUGCACGAAAACAACAUCCCAGGAGAGUAUCUGGGCUCCGUGCUUGCCCAGGAUCCUGACCUGGGCCAAAACGGCACAGUGUCCUACUCCAUCCUGCCCUCGCACAUCGGCGACGUGUCCAUCUACACCUAUGUGUCUGUGAAUCCCACCAAUGGGGCCAUCUACGCCCUGCGCUCCUUUAACUACGAGCAGACCAAGGCUUUCGAGUUCAAGGUGCUUGCUAAGGACUCGGGGGCGCCCGCGCACUUGGAGAGCAACGCGACUGUGAGGGUGACAGUGCUAGACGUGAAUGACAACGCGCCGGUGAUCGUGCUGCCCACGCUGCAGAACGACACGGCCGAGCUGCAAGUCCCGCGCAACGCUGGCCUGGGCUACCUGGUGAGCACCGUACGCGCCCUAGACAGUGACUUCGGCGAGAGUGGGCGCCUCACCUACGAGAUCGUAGACGGAAACGACGACCACCUGUUUGAAAUCGAUCCCUCCAGCGGCGAGAUCCGCACGCUGCACCCCUUCUGGGAGGACGUGACGCCAGUGGUGGAGCUGGUGGUGAAGGUGACUGACCACGGGAAGCCCACCCUGUCGGCGGUGGCCAAGCUCAUCAUCCGCUCGGUGAGCGGCUCCCUGCCCGAAGGCGUUCCCCGGGUAAACGGCGAGCAGCACCACUGGGACAUGUCUCUGCCGCUCAUCGUGACUCUAAGCACUAUCUCCAUCAUUCUCUUAGCGGCCAUGAUCACCAUUGCCGUCAAGUGCAAGCGCGAGAACAAGGAGAUUCGCACUUACAACUGCCGCAUUGCCGAGUACAGCCACCCGCAACUGGGCGGGGGCAAGGGCAAGAAGAAAAAGAUCAACAAAAACGAUAUUAUGCUGGUGCAGAGCGAGGUGGAAGAGAGGAACGCCAUGAACGUCAUGAAUGUGGUGAGCAGCCCCUCCCUGGCCACCUCCCCUAUGUACUUCGACUACCAGACCCGCCUGCCCCUUAGCUCGCCCCGGUCAGAGGUGAUGUAUCUCAAACCGGCCUCCAACAACCUGACUGUUCCUCAGGGGCACGCGGGCUGCCACACGAGCUUCACCGGACAAGGGACUAAUGCGAGCGAGACCCCUGCCACUCGGAUGUCCAUAAUUCAGACAGAAAAUUUUAAAAGAAAACAAGACAAACUUCCUUGUCAUUCCCUUUCUUCUAGAAUCUUAAUCCAUGCCAUAAAAACACAGAAAAACUUUCAGUUUUAA